AUGGGACUGUGCACGCUCAACUCACAAUACCACUUGCCAGAUGAUUAUUCAGCCAAUAAUGUUGUUUUGGUGAGAGACACUCAUUACAGCCACAGGGGUGACUCUCAAACGUCUCGAGAAUGCAAACAAAUUAACAUUACGACUAAUUACAAUAGGAAUAAAAUAAGCACUAUUGAUGUAAUGCUCCUGGUUNAUGCAGAUGAUCUUGUUCUAUGGUAUUCCGACUCCAAGAAAAACGCCCAGGAGAGAAUGGAAAUUUCCCAAACUAAGAAAAACGCUAAGGAGAGGACAGAAAGUGCUCUUAGGUGUGCACUUAAACUACCAGAACUGGUGCGACAACAAUGGAAUGGUAAUCAACACCGCAAUACUGCAACAACAAUGGAAUGGUAA